UCGCCUCAGUGUGGAGCUGGGUUUGCCAUCUCCUCACCGGAUGCCCUACACCAACAAAAGGGAGUUCGCAAAAUUAUCUUGGUGGAUCUUGCAGAGCAAAACACUCGUCGUUCACUCGUCGUUGUCAACUUAAGCAUAUUUGGGGGUUCAGUGCAGAUUCAGUUUCUCUUCUUCCGUGAAAGUCUGUCUUUGGAAAAACUGGUCUUAGCAUCGAAGAGGGGCAAACGGAAGAAUGCAAGUCCGCCUGAUCUUCGCUUUAGCCCUCCACAUACUCACCGUAGCACAGGCUGCCCAGUAUUUCAUCGCAGCGCCAAACGUCGUUCGCGUGGAUGUUGAGGAAACCGUUCUUGUCAGUGUUCGUGGAACCGGUGUUAACCGGAUACCAGUGACGCUCUAUUUCCAACUGGCCGGGAGCAACGAUCGGAUCUCAGAGGAUACUGUCUUUGUGACUAAAGAUGAACCGCAACUUGCUGUACUGACCGUCCAAAGGGACCGGUUGACAACCGGGCAGCAAUUCGUCACAUUGGUGGCCACUGCUAACUCUGAUCAACUCACAUUCCAAGACCAACGCCCGAUUCUGCUGAGCUACCAGUCUGGAUUCGUCUUCAUCCAGACGGAUAAGCCGCUUUACACCCCCAAACAUGAAGUUAAUAUUCGCACUGUGGCCCUGAAUCAGAACAUGGAGCCGGCGAAUCAUGACAUACAAGUCGACAUUAUCAACCCGGAUAACAUUAUCGUGGAGCGGCACAAGGGAAGACCCUUAGGGGGCUUCAUGACCCACAUAUUCUUCCUUCCUCCCAGUCCCGUGCUUGGAAACUGGGCGGUGACCGCUUAUUAUGGGCAUCAGUUUCAAGCCAGUUCAACUAUUCAGUUUGAGGUUAAAGAGUAUGUGCUGCCAAAGUUCUACGUGGAGGUCGUCCCUCGCUCGAUGUAUAUUGUGCCGGGAACAGAGAACCUCGCCACCAGAGUGACUGCAAGGUACCUGUUUGGGGAGCCAGUCGUGGGCAACUGUUACGUGAUAUAUGGAGUGUUUGAGGAUGACGGGAGUUUUACGAAACUGCAGUCGAAAGAAGGACGGCUGAACGAGGAAGGCCAGGCCGACCAGGACCUGGAUUUGGGUGACGUGGAAUUGGAGAACUGGGAGUUGUCACUGAUGGGCAAGCGGCUAAUCAUCCAGGCCUUUGUGACGGACAUUGCCUCAAGUGAGACCGUCAAUGCUAACAACACCAUGGUGACCUUCAAUCCAACCCCCUUCAAGUUCAACUGGGACCUCACCCAGCGGUUCUUCAAACCAGGAUUAUCGUUCUCUGUGAAGGCAAAUCUUCAAUACAUGAGUGGCCUUCCAGCUGACGGUGUGCCCGUGACUGCGUCGGCUGUGGCUGCACGGACAAAUGGCCCAGACAUCAACCUGCAAGGUGACGCCGGUGAUGUCCUCCGAAAGUUGUCGGGUGCACAGGGAGAGGUGGACUUCAGGCUGGAUGUGCCUGAUGACGCUACCCAGAUAACCGUCACAUUGGAGACAGACGACCCAGAUUUGGAAGGUGCAAACACACGAGACACAACGGUUAUCCAGCCGCAAUCCCUGUCUUCCGAAUACCUGGUGGUACGCGUGCCAUCUGGAGAUGUCAGACGAACUCAACAGAUUGGAAAGCACAGUACGGUAGAAGUUCAGCUGACUCACCCUCAACUUGUCGACAUAUUGAACUACUUUGUAAUUGCCGGUGGGAAAAUAGUGCACAAGGGUGCCAAAGACCUGGUCAACUUGAACACAGCCCUAAAUUUCAUGGUUACCCACGACAUGGCCCCCUCGGCGCGAGUGGUCGCCUACUACACAAAGGAUGAUGGCCGCGUCAUUACUGAUGCACUCCUGGUCGAUGUGGAGGAGAAGUGCAAGAAUCCCAUUGGAUUAUCAUUCCGAGCACCCGUCAUUCAAGAGGGCGACGUAUUCAAGUCGGACCGCAGCGGCCAGAAUGUUGAUUUAGAGAUCACAGGCAAGAGAGGAACAAGGGUCGGCUUACUUGCAGUGGAUGAAGCCGUUUUCAAGCUUCGUAAAUACCACCGACUCACGCAAAAGAAGGUUUUCAAGAGAAUGGCCGGGUAUGAUUUAGGCUGUGGACCAGGAGGUGGACAGGAUGCAGCCGCCAUCUUCAAGGACGCUGGAAUUACAGUUCUGUCAAAUGCCAACCUUAAUAUUCCGCACAGAGAAGCCCUUGGAUGUUCGGCUGAAAACAGGAGGGUCCGGCGCUCAGUAAACGACACAGAAAGAGAGCAAAUUUUGAGUAGAUAUGAGGGCGACGAGAGGGAGUACUGCGAGAAGGGUCUGAGGGAGUUGGCCGGGCCGACAAAGCUGACCUGCGCGGUGAGAGCCAAGCUGAUGGCCAGACGGAAGGGCCUCAGUGAAUCCUCGUCAAAUAUCACCGCCUUCUAUGAGUGCUGCACGGAGUUGGACAGCAUUACUCGAGGAAGAUCUAGCGUCGACGAAAGCAGUGGGGUCAACUUGGAGGACAUCUCGGUGCGAUCCAACUUCCCGGAGAGCUGGAUGUUUGAGGAUGUGGUGCUCCCACCUCUUGGAGAGGAAGACGGUAGAGCACUUCACCAGUCUACUCUGCCUGACAGUGUCACUACCUGGGUCAUUGAGGCUGUUGGGGUCUCAGAUAACUUCGGCAUGUGCGUGGCAAACCCCAUCAAGCUGGAGGUCCGCCCUCCGUUCUUCCUCGACCUUGGCAUGCCCUACUCGGUCCAGCGCUUCGAGCAGAUCGAGAUAGUCGCGACCGUGUUCAACUAUGCCGACCGUGUCUUAGAGGUCACCAUCUAUUUGAAAGGCAAGGACGGACUCUGCUCAGUGGCCCAACCGGACGAAUACUCAGAAGGCACAACCAUCGAAGUUAGACCGAAGAGGCCCGCCUCUAUCAAGUUUGUCAUUGUACCACUCGAGGUCAAGGACGUCCCCAUAGAAAUCGUUGCCGUGGACAAGACGGGAGGAUACCAAGAUGGUAUCAUAAAGCACUUGACUGUUCGCCCAGAGGGAUUCGAGAAGAAGAUUGUGGUUCCGGUAAUACUCGACCCCGCAAAUUCCCGCGGGUCAGAUAGUAGCACGAAUGGAGGCGAAGAUCUGUUCUACGAGCACAGACAGCAAUGGGGUAACGUGGGAGAAGAGAAGCAGGUGGACGCCAUUCGGUACACAAUCAACGGAGCAGCAAUCCCCGGCACCCAACGCGCCCGAAUGAGUCUAAUCGGUAACGUGCUGGGAAGCGUCGUUGAAACUGUACUGGGAGGCCUGGACAAACUAUUGAGGAUCCCCACAGGCUGCGGGGAGCAGACCAUGCUCGGGCUGGGGCCCAAUGUCUACGUCUACACCUAUCUGAAAAACACUGAUCAGUUCACUGCCAACUUGGAGACCGCCUCACGGCAGUACAUAGCAGACGGAGUUAAACGUGAGCUUACUUUCCGUAAAGACGACGGGUCGUUUUCUGUCUGGCCAUCAAAUUACGAUAGCAGCACAUGGUUAACAGCUUUUGUUGCGAAGGUCUUCUGCAAGGCGAAAGAGUUUGCCUUUGUCGAUGAGAGAAUAAUCUGUAAGGCAAUGGAGUGGCUGAUAACUCAGACGCAGAGUCAAGACGACGGUUCGUUUAGUGAGACUUACAGAGUGCACCACAGAGAGAUGACCGGAGGUGUCCAGGGCAAAGCUUCACUGACUGCAUAUGUUCUCAUCUCUCUCUUGGAAUGCGAAUGCGAUACCUUUAACAAAGACGAUGCUGUAGCUCGUGCAACUACCUUCCUGGGCGAAGAACUUGAAAAGUUAACACGCCCAUACGCCAUUGCCAUCACGGCAUAUGCUUUGGCUCUCGCCAACAGCGAUAAGGCAGGAGAGGCCAUAGGAAUGCUCAAGGAUUGUGCUACAUACGCCGGAGGCUCUCGUUACUGGGCGGCGGACGACUCCUCGUUCGGUGGUGGCCAGAAGCCUUACUGGUAUAGCUAUCGACCGAAGGCCAUCGAGGUUGAGACUACAAGCUACGCCUUGCUCGCACUGCUCACAGUAGACGACAUCCCGUACACGCACGCUAUUGUGAACUGGCUGAGUAAUCAGGAGAACUACAAUGGAGGGUUCGUGUCCACGCAGGACACGGUUAUGGCUCUUCAGGCUUUGUCAGAAUACGCCUACAGAGUGCAACAAUAUGAAGUCAAUAUUGAGUGCACAGUCAAGUGUGAGCAGAGUGACUUUGAUCAAAACUUCGAGUUGACCGCGGACGAUGCUUUGGUGCGCCGGGCCGAAGCCCUUCGUGUUCCUGAAAGCAGCCGGGAGCUCAAUGUGUAUGUCACUUCAUCGGGAUCAGGCUUGGGCCAGUUCAAAUUUGAAGCUACAUACUACACCCCUGAGCCCGACAUAGAAGACUGUGAAUUUGAGCUGGAGAUCAACGAGGAUGAGAACCCUCAGGUCGAUCUCCAAGAGAACGAUGAUAAGGAAUACUUUUCGUACGACAUACAAGUGAGGUACCUACAAGGCGGGAAUACGGGUAUGGCUAUUUUAGAAGUUGGCCUGUUCACCGGCUACACCGCGAUUGAGGAAGACUUGGAAAGGGAGAUGGAAAACAGUGAUGGCCAGAUCCAACGAUAUGAGACGACAGAUCACUCGGUCGUUUUCUACUUUGAAGAGAUCCGUGGGUUGGAAACGACGCGCAUCCGAUUCCGCGCUGAACGCAAGUUUGAAGUGGGUAAGGUCCAACCUGUCGCAGUCCACGUAUAUGACUACUACAAUCCAACCGAGGAGUGUGUGAAGUUCAUAAGUCCCAAAGAAGGCUCCGCCAUGCUAGGGACAUUGUGCAAGGGAGACACUUGUGUGUGUGCCGCAGGAAAGUGCGCGCCUGACCCGACGGACAAAUCACGUGACUAUAACGUUUACAACCUGAAACAAAUGGCAUGUGCAUCCCAGGCCCAUUUUGCGUACGAUGUAAUCGUCGACGGUGUGGUGGAUAAAGGCAAUUUCAAAUUCUACACAAUGAGAAUUAGCGCUCCUCUCAAGCAAGGGCUGGAUGACGUGGUGGAAGAUACCACGCGAACGUUCGUAAAGAGCAAAACCUGUGAAACUCCCAACCUUGAGGAAGGACUGAAAUACCUGCUGAUUGGCAGCGGAGGAUUACCAACUAAAGAUGACAUGGGACAGGAAGUGUUCACCUAUGUAAUCGAUGAAAGGAUGUUCUUCUAUAAAUAUCCCACUCAGCAACAGUCAACAAGAGGCAAAUGGAAACGGAUAGUCGAGAAACUCGUGGAACUGAAGCGGCAGUUGCUCACUGGUGAGGGAUGCGGUACUUAAACGCCCGUCACUUGUAGUCAGCCGCAUGGUACAUGGUCGAGAAAUCUUCCAAAAAACUUCCAGAAAGGCAUUUUUGACAUUUUUCAAGGCAAGUUGAACGUGAGAAUCGCAUGUUGACGGUGCACCAACUCGAUGGUUAUUGGCAAACACCUAAGCGUGCGACUGACUUGGAUACAACUCGGUUCCUUGCUGUGUUUCAUUAGUAUGGCACGUGUAACUAUCAUAGCAUGCAUGAACUGUAAUGUUUUAAAAAUCGAGAGUUCAGUCUUGUCGGUUUUUUUUUGUAAUGUAUAGCGUAUUAUUUUUAAAAUCUGCUGUCAAUAGAGAAGUUUUCAUAUAAAAUUGAGAUUUCAAGCUAUUCAUAUGUCAAAAGAAAAAUCUUCUUCAAGGCUACAGGAGCAAACCAGACGUUUUGUGACGUUUUACUUAAUGCAUUUUUUUUCAAUAUCUUGGGGUACACCGCUUUCUUUUCUCAUUUACUCGGGACCUAUAUAAGAACUUCACUUCUUGAUGGCAUGAUUUUUUCCUACGUUGUUUUAGGUGAGUCAACACUUACUUGCACAUAAGUUUCGGCAAAUGUGUUUGAGGGGACUGGAAAUGAUAUCAUUUUUGAAGUGCAUUUAAAUUUUGAAUUGUUAAUUUUUUUCAGCCUUACUUCAUAUAUUUGUUAAGCUGACAUGUAAUCAUAAUUGAUUAGCACGUAAACUUCAUCGGACCUGAAGUGUUAAGAAAGGUAUUAGCGAAUUAUUUUCCUUGAAGUUAGUAGUCAUUUGUACCAAUGACGUCACAGUGUCUGGCUCACACAAGAAAGCCUGCAUGCAGCGAAUAAAUGACGUCAUCAGUCAGUACGAAAUCUUACUUUGAAGGAAUUAUUUGGUGACCUGGUUUCCAUGGGUAAGGAGUUGAAACAUUUGUCAGAAAAAAAAAUCGAGCUAAAGGGUGACACGCAUUUUACUUUUAUCCCUGGAAGGACACCAGGCCUAAAGUCACUUAAGAUUAAGACGUUUCACUCAGUCAUACGACGAAAAAGAGAAAAACGACGUUUGCUUCGUGUUGCAUAAAACAGUAUGCAAUAUAGUGUCAUUUGAGACUUUAACAGAAUUGUUAUCUGCUGUCUUUUCUCAAUGUUAAGUGAUUGCUUUUAACUCAAUAAAAAAUGCAAGAAGCUAGA